UCACUUCCGUCUUUUCAUCCUCGCCAUUUUGGAUUGACUUGGCUCGGGUUAGUUGGGAACGUUCAAGAGAAGUACUGGUGAUUGUCGGAGUCUAUUGUAACAGUCCAAUUUGCCAUGUAUGCUGUAAAAUAUGCACUAGUAAUCCAUCCCACAUAUUUUGGCUAUUAGCUAGCAAUUCAUGUAACGUAUAUUUUAGAUGGCACAGACAUUCCGCUAGCCAACUAAGCAGCACCACCGGCUUGGCGAGGACGAACAACAACCGCAUCAUUGAGUUUGGAUUCAUUUGUUAGCCAACGAGCUACUGUUACUAGCUAGCAUAUCUCAGCAAACCAUUUGGGCUGCCAGUUUUUGUGUGGUUGGGUACGGAGACAUACCAGGUAAGAUUGGUUGGAGUUGAGGCGUAACAUUUUGUAUAACUACUUAUCUAGCUAGUUACGGCGGCAAGUGAGGCAACUAACGUUAACUACUAGCUAUCAUCGACUAGCUAGUUUGUUCGGCUAGACGUUGGCUAACUACUGCAUGCUAGCCAAUUCGCUUUCUGCUAAACUGACGCCAGCUAACAAGUAAAUUAGCUAACUAGUUAGCAUCUUGUGUAUUUUCUUCACCUCACUCAGUUCAUAAUGACUACUAACAUUAAACAUUUAAGCUAACGUUAGCUAGAUAACCAACCGUUGACAAAGGCUUUAACUAACCAUCGGAGAUCUAAGAAACGUUAGCUAAGUUUGCUAACGCGUUAGGCCCAUAAAUUAAGAGCAAAAAGCGAAUCUAAGGUUAGUCAUAAGGUUAGCAAUGUGGUAACAUUUUCUAAGAUAAAUUGUAGAAAUGGGCGGAGUUCAUGAUUGUGGCAAGUAGUGACGGCCCAUAGCUACAUAAAGACGUUUCAACUGUACAGGAAGCAAAUAGAUAAAUAAUGUUGUGCCAGAACUGAAGUCCCAUCACUUCUGUGCCAAUCAAUUGUUUGAUUUAGCUAUGAUCUUCGAAUGCAAAUAAUCUUAAAACGUUAUUGCCAAGUACCUCAACUCCACGAUGAUUUAAUCUACUGAGUUGAGUGUAGACUAGCAUUUUUUUUUACAUUACCCUCGAACUCAUUCGACUCGCUAUGCAGUCGAUACUUAAAACAUUUACAUUCUGAAACCCUUACCGUUUACCAAUGUUUGUCCUCUGCGUGCAUUUGUUUGCUGAAAUCCAUACUUUUUAAUUAAGCAUUAAUCAAAUAGUUACAACCACCGACUGUUUCUUAAUUGGUAGAGCAUGGCGCUUGUAACGCCAUGGUAGUGGGUUCGAUCCCAGGGACCACCCAUACCAAAAAUAAAAUUUAAAAAAAGUAUGCACGCAUGACUAAGUCGCUUUGGAUAAAAGCGUCUGCUAAAUGGCAUAUUAUUAUUAUAAUUGCUGUUGCUCUAAGAUGACAAUUCAGCGCCAAUGCGCAUGUUCCAAUUGAAUUUCAACAAGGAAACUGUUGUAUUUGAUUAACGUUUUAUAAAAAAAAAAGUUUCAGCAAACAGACAGGCAACAUCAGAUAAUAAACUGGUACAAGGUAACAUGCUGACCAUACCGGGCGCGAUCGUUGCAGGUUGAAAUAUCAAAACGAACUCUGAACCAACUAUAUUAACUUGGGGACAGGUUGAAAAGCAUUAAACAUUUAUGGCAAUUUAGCUAGCUUGCUGUUGCUAGCUAAUUUGUCCUGAGAUAUAAACAUUGGGUUGUUAUUUUACCUGAAAGGCACAAGGUCCUCUACACCAACAAUUAAUCCACAGAUAAAAUGGUAAACCAAGUUCAGGCUUCUUAUUCUUUGGACUUUAUAUGUCGGUUGGCAACCAACUUUAAGAUGCAUUACCACCACCAACUGGACUGGAGUGUGGACCUCAGUUCAUCUUUCAAUCACCCACAUGGGUAUAUGCUCCUAAAAACCAAUGAGGAGAUGGGAGAGGCAGGACUUGCGCGACCAAGUUCUAUUUUAGCGCCUGGCCACGCAGACGCGCAAGCCGUGUGGGUGCAAUGAUUGAAUAACGUGUACAUUUAUUUUGCCACGCUCGCGACGCGUCCGUUCUGGUCAGCAUGUAUAAUAGAACUUGGUUCUAUUUGUGAUACUCGAUGCCCUGCAAGUCCUGCCUCUCCCAUCUCCUCAUUGGUUUUUAGGAGCAUAUACCAACGUGGGGGAUUGAAAGAUGAACUGAGGUCCACACUCCAGUCUAGUUGGUGGUUGUAAUGCAUCUUAAAGUUGGUUGCCAACCGACAUUUAAAGUCAGAAGAAGCCUGAAGGAAUUCUGAACUUGGUUUACCGUUUUCUCUGUGGAUUAAUUGUUGGAGUAGAUGACCUUGUGCAUUUCAGGUCAAAUAACAACCCAAUGUUUAUAUCCCAGGACAAAUUAGCUAGCAACAGCAAGCUAGCUAGCUAAAUUGCCAUAAAUGUUUAAUGCUUUUCGACCUGUCCCCAAGUUAAUAUAGUUGGUUCAGAGUUCGUUUUGAUAUUUCAACCUGCAUGUCCUGAUCGUGUCUGGUGUGGGAGGAAAAAAUCAACAUGCGCGCAAUGGCGGUCUGGUCAGCAUGUAAGGGUUUAAGAAUACAUUUUUUAAAAAGUAAUGACUGCAUAGCGACUCGGAGUCAAGAGGUUCAUUAAAAAAACUAGUCUGAGCUCAACUCUGUGGAUAAAAUCACCAUGGAGAUGUGGUACUUGGCUAACUUUGCGUAUGAGCAGGCCAUAUAGGUUUGACAUGAGUAGUAAUAUAAUUCUCCCUGAUUUAUUCUUCUUGCAGUCUGGAAAGAUGUAUCAACUCCCUGUGAACAACCUCACUAGGAUACGAAGAGCAAGGAAACAGGUGAAGGCAGCACUUAGUGACAUUGGACUGGAGUACUGUAAGGAGCAAGCGGAGGUGAGCUUAAAUGUUUAUUUUUCAUAGCUUUUACCUAUCACUAAGGUUUUAGUAUAGGUGUGUCUGUGCCUUCCGUGAGUGUUUCACUCAUAUUUUUGUAGUCACUUGUGCUCCCGAAAAAAUUGUGGUUGUAGAAAUGAAUAGGCAUAUAAUCCAAUUUGACACGAUCCAGCAUACAGUACUGUGAUUUCUGAUCAGAAUCCUUGUCUCUCUCACAUAGGACCUCAAAGAAUUUUGCCCAGAUGAGAACUAUGUGAAGAAUACUGUCUGCCUGGAACUUUGUUCAUGGGAUCCGUCAUUCUCAAAAACACAGGUAAAUCACUCACACUAGACAAUGGACAAGAUUGUUCAUUAAAUUACCCCUUAUUCUGGGGCUUGUAAUGAUUAUAGUGCUUCAUCUUUGUUUGUCACAAUCAUAAAUAAAACUAGUUUUGGAUGAAGGAGCAACCAUUUCAAUUUUCUAAAUGUUGUGAUUACAAAGUUAGAAAAAUGAAAACAACAUUUUUAGGUGCAGUGUCACAUUUUCAAACUCUCCUGUUUAUUUGUGUGUGUUUUACAGGAGUACCGGUCAAAACCUUUCUGCUGCACAGAGUGCAACUUCUCUUCCAAGUACUACUCGGGCUACAAGAACCACUUCCGAAAUGUCCACAGGCACAACUUUGAGAACCGCAUCCUGCUCAACUGCCCUUACUGCACCUUCACUGCGAGCAAGAAGACUAUGGAAACGCAUGUCAAGGUCUUCCACAUAUCUAGUGUGGCACGUCAGGGUCUAGGGGGCUACCAGGGGGCUGCUGUGGGGGCAAAUAACAAGGUGGAGAAGGCAAUGUACUAUUGCAAGAAGUGUAACUACCGUGACCCUCUGUACAAUGUUGUGCGAAGGCACAUCUACAGGGAGCACUUCCAGCAUGUGGUCUCACCCUAUGUUGCCAUGGUCUCAGGAACAUCAGUCAAAAAUGGAGCCAAUGCUGUCACCGGCAACAACAUCCUCUGUAAGCGCUGUCAGUUCUCUACCCGUAGCUAUGAGGCCCUAGUGCAGCAUGUCAUUGAAUAUCAUGAGCGCAUUGGCUCUCAGGUGACAACCAUGAUUGGACAUGCUAAUGUUGUGGUGUCCAGACCGCAAAGCUAUGGGAUGGCCCAGAAGGGCUCUGCGAUGACCGGGGGUCGUACCCUGACAUCUGAACAGGUUAGCCAUAUGGUGGGGGUCCAUCUAAAGCAAGGGCCUACUGGACUAAAGAAUAUGACAAGUCAGUCCUCUAUUGCUGGCCAGCGUUUGACCAUUCCUGGCAAUGGUGGUUUGGGAGAAGGUGCUAAUGCUAGUCUUACAUCCCAAACACAGAAGUGGAAAAUGUGCACGGUCUGCAAUGAGCUCUUCCCUGAAAACCUGUACAGUGCUCAUUUUGAGAAGGCACACAAGGCUAAGAAGGUAUGGGCAAUUGCCAAGUAUAUCAUGAAGAUCCACAACUUCACCAGUAAGUGUUUGCUUUGCAACCGAUAUCUGCCCAGUGACACAUUGCUUAACCACAUGCUGAUCCAUGGGCUCACCUGCCCACAGUGUCAUGCCAGCUUCAAUAAUGUGGAGAAAAUGCUAGAUCAUAUGGGGCAGGCUCAUCCAGAUGACUUUGUUGGUCCUCCAGCCGCCUCCCCGCUUACCUUUGACCUCACGAUUGGGCAGGCUAAGAACAAGAUCAUACAGCUUACUGUUAUAACCUAUAACAUGAAGGAACCUGUAGCUGCUCAGGAGCAGUCUAUGGCUUCCCAUGCCCAGAACAGCUUCCACGCUCCAGAGAAGAGUCUGCCUUCAAAGAUGCCAGUGAAUAAGAAUGACAUGCUUGCCAGAAGUCAAGCCACUGUAUCUGGCAGCAAUGAGGUUGGCAAGACCCUAUGCCCACUGUGUUUCACCAUCCUCAAGGGUCCUAUAUCUGAUGCCUUGUCACAGCAUCUGAGGGAACGACACCAAGUGCUUCAGACGAUGCACCCUGUGGAAAAGAAGAUGACGUACAAGUGCAUCCACUGUUUGGGUGUCUACACCAGCAACAUGGUGGCCUCCACGAUCACUCUGCACCUUGUGCAGUGCCGAGCUGUGGGCAGGGCCCAAAAGGACCCGGGACCAAAGUCUGCCUUGACACUCAACUCUUCUGGUGCAGGGUUCUUAAAGCGUCAGCUACCCACCCAACCCAUGUCUGGCUCCAAGAGGAUGAAGAUGAACAAUGAUGUUGUAUAUUCCCCCAUGAAUAUGGACAAGCCAGGGGAGGCUGUGGAUCUAGUGUUGGACCCCAGGAACUAUGAGCACAAGACUUAUGAAGCACGAAAAACCUUCCUCACGGCCUAUUUCAAUCGUCGCCCCUAUUUAACUUCACAGGAAGAAGAGAAGCUGUCUGCAAGCCUGUGGCUCUGGAAGUCCGACAUUGCCAGUCACUUCGCUAAUCGACGGAGGUCAUGUGAGGGAGACUGUGAGACCAGGAAAUUGAAAGUGCUACUUGGCUUUGACAUGCAGGCACUCAAGGGACUGAAGCAUGACAUGGACUUUGAAGAGAAAACCAAGCUCCCCAUCACCUCAGUGGAGAAGGCCUUUAAGUCUAGGCCGGCACUUAACACAGACCAAAGCAAGCAAUGCGAGACAAUUAACUGUACCCUCAAGGUAAGUACUUACACAGAACCCAUAUCUAUUGACUCGUCUGAUAGUGAGUCAGAACCAGAGGACUGUUCCAUUGAGAAUGGGCAAGUUGACACACCAAAAUCUGUGGAUGUCACAUCUUAAGGGAAAUCAAACCUGCCAGAAGAGAGAUCUCCAAGCAUUGAGGGGCCUAAAAUAGAGGAGAUGGGCACUUAUCAAGAUGGGAGAUCAAAAGCCUGAAUUACCUUCUGUUAGUCUACUACAGACUCUAGGCCUAAAUAAGGUGCCUUGGUUUGGUAACAUGAUCCAUCAAAAUGAGAGCAGCCUAAAAGACCUGCGGUACAGGGGAAGUAUAAGGAGGGUUUGGUGCAGGUAAUCCUUACACUCCGCAGUUCUUCGGUUAUAGGAAAGUCUGGGAAGGUAGGCGAGACUGACAAGACAAAUUAAGACUUCAUAAAGUCAGUGGGAUGCUCAGUUUAAGUAAUGAAAAAUGACUAAUUCAUAAAUUCUGAACUAUACAAGUAUAGAAACAAACUGUUAUAACUUCUGUCUCCAGAUAAAGGUAUGCUGAAAUGGUGCAAAAGAAAAUGUAUGGUGUCUGUAACUAAUAUUGGUGGUAACAUUGUACAUAUUUAGUAGGCCUACAUUACAUUAUGCAUACAUUUAGACUGUCUGUCAGUUUUAAGUGAAAUUCAAAAACGUUCACUUCAUAUAGGCAUAUGAAUUGUCCUCCCAUAUGAUGUAUUGUCAUUUCAAUUUUAGAGAUAGCAGGGUAACAUGUAUACAUACAUAUGUUAACUUUUGUUUAAAUAAAGAAAUUGGUUUAAUAAAGCUUUUUUCAAAGAACCUUCAUUCGACUAACUCCAUUAUACAAAUAUACUCCAUUGUAAUAAAACAAUAUA